AUGCUCGCCCUUCCGUCGCGCCAUAACGAGGGCGCCGAGGAGCUCACAAUGACUGUCUUGGGAUGCGGUACAAUGGGAAUAGCUAUCCUUAACGGCAUCCUCAGGUCCCUAGCUGAGUUAUCAGCUCCCCGCCCCCUGCAGACCCCUUCGGCAUCUGGCACAGCAACGCCGCGGGAUGAGCUGCCGCCGCGACUCCCGUCCCGCUUCAUCGCCUGCGUGCGGACCCCUGAGUCAGCCAAGCGAGUAAAGCAAGCCCUCUGGGAGCACAGCAGUUUUCUCAAAGUGGUUCAGAACGACAAUGUAGCCGCCGUGACGCAAGCCGAGGUCAUUAUUCUGGCCUGCAAGCCGUGGAUGGUAACCGACCUGCUCUCCCAACCAGGCAUGUCAAAGGCGCUGCACGGCAAACUCCUAAUCAGCAUCUGCGCCGGCGUCUCCGUGCCCCAGAUCGAGAAGAUCCUGCAUGGCGCGGUGCCCAAUCACGACCCGGAGGUCGAUGGUCGAUGCAGGAUUUUGCGUGCCAUGACCAAUACGGCCAGCAUGAUUGGCGAGGGCAUGACCGUCAUUGCGACAUCCGACCCGCCGCCGCCUCCGCAGGUUUCAGUGCUAGUCACGUGGAUUUUCAAGCGCAUAGGUGAUGUGGUCUACCUUCCAGCGAACAAUAUGGAUGCUUCGACGGCACUAUGCGGAUCAGGCCCGGCUCUAUUCGCGCUUAUGCUCGAGGCUGCCAUUGACGGUGCCGUAGCAAUGGGUUUGCCCCGUGUCGCAGCACAGCGUAUGGCAACACAGACGAUGAAAGGGACUGCGGCUUUGGUACAGAGUGGCGAACAUCCGGCUCUGCUCAGGGAAAAGACCUGUACUCCAGGUGGAUGCACUAUCGGCGGCGUGUUGGUUCUUGAAGAGGGACGUGUUAGGGGGACAAUCUCCAGGGCUGUCAGAGAAGCAACGGUUGUUGCAAGCCAAUUGGGCCAAGGCGCCCAGAUGGUCAAUGGAACAAGAUUUCAGACGGCCUAUAACGGACAAUAA